CAUUGCAUUUCUCCAGCAGCGGACUGACCAGGCCCCUCGCAGCCGCUACACGGUGGCUCCGAGCCGGGCUCAUUCCCACCACAGACCCGGCAGGUGUGACGGUGGUGGUUCACCGGAGAACGGCGGGCAACAGAUCCCCCCUGGAUGCUGGAUUUAGGGAGUGCUCCGCGGGAAAAAGCCCGGGCUGUGAUGAAACCCUAAACAAAGUGCGACACACACAAGCCCAUGCACAUCAUAAACGGGCCUGUCUUGCUUUGCAACUUUGCGUUUGUGGCUCUGUGCAGGGGCUAACGGCAGAUAAUCAUAGGUGAGGCUGGUGAAAUUAUCGUCCGGGGGAGGGUGACGCGCACUUCACAGCAGCCCCUGCGCUGUCAGACGAGGAAGUGAGGCUUCACACACGCCCAUUUCAGCCUGUCGACCCCGCUAAAAAACCCAGACCCGUUUCUCACACAACACAGCAACAGACUUUAUAAACAUGCGCUCACUUUCGGAUGGACAGCGCCGGGAGUAGCCUGCAGGACGACGCCGAUUUCAGAGUGUUACAGUGUUGAAGGAUGGACAGGGAGCUGGUUCGACAGACCCAGUCAGACCAUGGCGAGGCCACCAAUGGAACCAGUCCUCAGACCACCACCACCACCACGCCCGACUCCUCCACCCCUACCACCCCCACCCCUCCUCGGCUCACCCCCAACCCCAUGCUCCUGGACGCCCCUGCGCCCACGCUAACACCCACCACCUCCUCCCCUCCUCCCCCUCUCACCCCUGCCCCGUCCGUCUCUGCGACCCACGGGCCAAAGGCGGUGGCAGUGUCUCCCCACAUGCUCGUCCCUGCUCCCCCUAAACUCACCUCGACCACGACCCCCGCCCUCCGAACGUACUCUCGCCCGAUCCUCCCCUCUCCAACUGGCGUCUCCAAAACACCUCCUACCACACAAACCUCCAGCUCCUCCUCUCUUCCCCCUCCGUCCUCCCCCUCCUCUUCCCUUGCUGUAGCCAGCUCAGCCUCGCCCCUCGCCUCCUCUUCCUCUGCAACGCACAGCAGCACCACCACAUCAACCAAGACCUCCACCAGCCUGACCAACGGGAACACAAGGCCCGUAUCCACGCCGACCUCCACACCAAUCACGCCCUUUCACACACCAGCCAGUCCACCUGGCAGACAGGUAUCACAGGCUCAUCCCGUGGGCACACCUGGUCUUGUGCGGGCCAAUCAGAGCCCCUCCCCUGUCAGGCAGAGGGUAUCCCAGCAGACAUUGCUCCUAGGGAAAGGUCUCAAAGGGUCUGGCCAAGACCAGGUGCUGCUCAGAGCUCAGAUGCUGAUUCUUACGUCUGCUAUGCGACCCGCCCCGUCCUCCUCUUCCUCCUCCUCUUCCUCCUCUUCCCUGUCCUCUAACCCUGCUUCCGCUCAGCUCCAGAGUCUCACCCUGAGGCCUCCUCCCCCCGGGGCCCUCACCAUCCCCCCCUCCCUCCGUCUCAAGCCCCCGUCCUCAGCCCCGCCUCCCCUCUCUCGCCCUCACGCCCCACUCUUCCCCCCUCUCAGGCCGCGACCGCAGCCCAGCACCACGGCAACGGAGAGCCCGACCACGCCCAGCCGCCACCUCUCCGUCCCACCUCCAACUCUCUACUCUCCGGUUCGAGCCGUCCCUCUGAGACCCAGACUUCACUCACCAAACGGUCACAGAGCAGCGUCGCCUCGACAAGCCUCAGCCCUCCAACCAAUCGCAGCUGCUCCCUCCAGUCAGGCCUCUCCCGUCGGCCGGCCGCUGACUGGACUGAAGAGCUGUCCGUUAUCUCCGACUCUGCUCGGUCCCAGCCAAUCCCAGCACAGCUCGCUAUCUGUGACCAACCCCAUCUCUUCUUCUUCUUCCCACUUCGAGCGCUCGCCGUCUGCGGCCAGGCAGCUGCAAAUCAUCGCGCUCUCCUCGGGCCGCCAGCCUCAACCUGGAACGUACGCCCACGCCUCGGUGGGUCACCGACAGUCACCGCCUCCAGUUGCAGAGCCGCCUGAGCUUUCCAGCCAAUCAAAGAGGACUUUGAGCAGUGAAGACACGCUCCCUUUUCCUCUGAACCCCUCACUGCCAAAAACAACCUCUCCUCUGCCCUCACCUCCAUCUCUCCUGAGUCCAGCCUCGCCUCCAAGUCAGGCUGGACCUCAAUCACAAACUCUGGUCCAGAAAGGAGAGACGAAGGAGAGCGAGGAGAGAGAGAGAGAACGAGGGGUAAGACAAGGAAUCAGAGACGAGGGGAGUGUCAGUAAAGACCUGAGGGUGGAGAAAGAUGACCAAAGACAGAGGGUGAAGGAGGAGAAACCGAUGCUUACGACUGAGAAGGAAAUCAGUCAGAAAGAGCAGGAGGCUGAAACGGGCCGAGAGGAGGAGCAAAUGGAGGUGACAGAGGAGGGACAGAGUGACGGAGAGAGGACAGCAGGUGGCGAGGAGAAGAAGAUGGAGGAGGAAGAGGAAGCAGAGACCGCCAUGGACCAGUCUGAGAAGCUUAGCAGCCAGGUUGUCCAUCAGCAGCAGAGCACAGGUCCGGUCCCAGCGCCUGAUACUGUUAAAGACCCCGACGAGGACAUCAAACCCAUCCCGGGUCUUAUUUCAGCCUCAGUCCCAGUCCAGACCUCAGCCCCUGUCCUGGCUUCAGUCCCAGCCCCUGUCCUGCCUUCAGUCCCAGCCCCUGCCCCAGCCCCUGUCCCAGCCCCUGUCCCAGCCCCUGUCCCAGCCCCUGCCCCAGCCUCUGCCCCAGCCUCUGCCCCAGCCCCUGCCCCAGCCCCAGCCCCAGCCCCUGUCCCAGCCCCUGUCCCAGCCCCUGUCCCAGUACUGUCUCCAGUCCCAGAGGUCUCUGCCCAGAGUCACAAGCUACCAGAGUCUCAUCGAGACCUCCAUCCUGUCAGUCAGGAGGACUUCUGUGAAAACAUGUCAACCCAGUCUGACAACCAAUCAGCUCUGUCCAGCCUCUCCUCUCAGUCUCCGCCCUCCUCGCCCUUCAUCACCCCCUCGGCAGAAAACCCUCCUCCCCUCCUCCCCGCUCAGCCCGCCCACCCGACCGACCUCAGCCAAUCACAGCCUGAGCCCGAGAAAGUCGACAAAACGGUCGGGGAGUCGCAGCGCCUGCCUGAGGCCGAGACCGAGGCGGAGCCCCUCGGCCAAUCGGAAGACGAGUCCGAGAGCUUCAGCCAAUUGCUGAGCAGCCCCUGGGAGCCGAGGGCGUGGCCUGAGGGACGACAGGUUCUGACUCACCUGGUGGAGGGGUUUGUCAUCCAGGAGGGGCUCCAGCCGUUUCCUGUGAACCGCUCGUCCCUGCUGGUUCCAGAGCAGGUGACCAAACCACAGGAAGUGAACGGGACCAAUGGCAGAGCGGCGUUGCCUGUGACAGACACGAUAAAACAAGCCGAGCACUCCACUGAUUCAGAUGAAGAAGAGGGAGGAGACACGGACGACCCCGGGGCCAGGUCAGGUCACAGGGACCGAACUGUGCUGCACUGCCAGUUCUGUGGGAAAAGAGGCCACGCGCACAACUUCAUGCGGUCCAAGCGCUUCUGCUCCACUUCCUGUGCACGCGGGUUUAACGUUCGUCUGACAAAGCGUCUGCGGGCCCUGAGCGCAGGCAGUCGGUCCGAGAGGCCCCGACCGGCCCUGAACAGGGCAGAGUCGGUCCCUGGGAAACCUCUGUUACUGCGGCUGCCUCGUGAUCUGUGGAGCGCCGGUCGCCGCGAGAAGGAGGGAAAGGAGAAGGCAGCGGCGGCAGAAGAGGAGGAGGAGGAGGACAUGGAGGGAGGAGCGGAGGAGGAAGACGACGAUGGAGGAGAGGAGGAUCCUGCCGUUGCCAUGACAGUGAGGAUGGAGCGACGGGCGGCUCGGAGAGCGAGGAGGGCAUCUGCGCCCGCCAUGACCACCUCCACACCCACGAGCACGUUCAAACCCGCCCCCUCUCAGUGGAGCGUGGAGGAAGUCACCGCCUUCAUACACACACUGCCAGGCUGCAGUGACGUGGCGGAGGCGUUCCGGCUGCAGGAGAUCGACGGCCAGGCUCUGCUGCUGCUGACCGAGGACCAUCUGAUGACCAGCAUGAACAUCAAACUGGGACCAGCUCUCAAGAUCUGUGCUCACAUCAACGCUCUGAAAAACCAAUGAGAGAAAAACAAACAAACAAACAAACAAACAAAAAACCAACACAGAAAGACCAAGAGAAAAAGAGAAAGUCUGAGGGUUUGACGUGGAAGGAAAACAGGCAAUAAAGAAGCGGGGAAACAGAAAUGGGAAAAUUUAAAAGAUGGAGAGAGUUUGAAAACAAAAGCUGACACCAAGGAUGACAGAACAAAGUCACAAAAAGAGAUUCACGGUAAUUUAUGAGAUUAUCAAUGGAGGCGUGGCCUUAGCAGACAGGAACACAGGAGGUGUGCAGAGGCAUGGAGGUACCAGAGUCCAGAGGAAAGCUCAUCCGUUGUGGGCCCUCUGACUGUAGCAGGUGACCGGAGGGGUUUUUGUAACUUUGUGUAUAUUUUACAUGACGCUGGAGAGUGUAAAUUUGAAGCUAUUUCACGAAGGAUUUUGAACAUUUAAUAUAUAAAAUUUGUCUAUUUAGUUUUUUUAGAACGUGACGUCAAUGACAAAUCUAUCCAGUAGCUAACAUAACCGGUGUGUGUAAAAGAAAAAAAGAAUAAUAAUACGUAGACUUUGUAAGUGAUUAAUGAAAGUUUAAUGUUUUAUAUCACUAUAUUCUGGACAAAAACAUGUCUGUGGAUUAAAAAAAGUCACUAUCAGGGUAGAGACUGGUGUCUUUAAUCGUCACAUUUUUAUGGUAUCCUGCUUGAAAUUAUUUAAUAAAUGAAU